GCCGCAGCUCCUCGCAGGAGAGGAAGACCGGCCAAGAAACGCGAUGAGGUUAAGGAAACUCCGCCGGAUGCCGCCGCAGCUCCUCGCAGGAGAGGAAGACCGGCCAAGAAACGCGAUGAGGUUAAGGAAACUCCUUGGGAUGUCGCCGCAGCUCCUCGCAGGAGAGGAAGACCGGCCAAGAAACGCGAUGAGGAUAAAGAAACUGCUGUCGCCGCUGCAACCUCCCUCAAAAGGAGAUAUCCUAGAGAAUGGGACGAGGCGGCCGUUGAGAACAUAGCUGAGAAGAAAACAGAGGGGCCGUUUUUUGAAACUGAAAAAAUGGAGUAUAAGGAGCACCCAAACAACGCAAUGUUGAUGUGGGGAUACUCCCCAGUAAUGGACAGGGUGUUCCUGUCAUUGAAGCCAGGGGGCGAGAAGUCCCUGGCUAAAAACAAUAUAUCCGAAAUGGGCUAUCUCGUACUCUCUGGGAGAGCAGUCGUCCGAGUAGGUGACCAAAUCAGAUUGCUCGUCCC